AAAAAUAUUUUAUCGAAAGCAGAAUGUCUUUAAAAAUUACUUAUUCUUCCCUGAGACAUUUGUGUAAGGCUCUAAGUCAAUUAGAACCAGAACUUUAGAUUCUCAGUGGCAAAGUGAGCACUGACACUUACCCUCCUCCCCACCUAGUUUGAUCUUGUCAUGUACACAGCACGUAUUUCCUUCUCAAGCCCAGUUUCUCACAGAGCACAGACCUUGACACCCCUCAGCUGCAGAGAUGAAUAAUCAAACAGUAACUUACUCAGAACUGAAUCUGGCCAAGAAGCCAAAAAGGCAGCAAAUCAAACCUAAGGAUGCUGAUAGCUCCUUUUCAGUCACUGAGCGGGAAAUAACUUACGUGGAAUUAAACUUUCAUAAUGCUUCUCAAGAUCUUCAAAAGAAGGACAAGACUUUCCACUGCAAAGGGAAGCUCAUUGCUGGGACCCUGGGACUCAUCUGCCUUGUCUUGACGGCCAGUGUAAUAACCAUGACAGUCACAGUUAUUACUACUUCUAUUGGAAUGAUGAACAAGAACAGAACUCAGAAAGCUAAUCAUUGUCACCGUUGUCCAGAGGACUGGCUCUCCUAUUCCAACCAUUGCUAUUAUAUUAGCAGUGAUAUAAAAAACUGGACUGAGAGUCGGAUGGCCUGUGUUUCUAAGAAAUCUAAUCUGUUUUAUAUAGAUAAUGAAGAAGAAAUGACGUUGAUGAAGAUUCUAUCAUCUUUUUCAUGGAUUGGACUCUAUCGUGAAAGCAGUCAUUAUUCCUGGUUCUGGAUAAAUGGCCCACCUUCCAGCCAAAUGAUAACAGAGCCAUCAAAUCCUAGAUACAACUGUGUAAUGGUAUUCAAAUCUAGACUUCAAUCAGCAAGUUGUGGAGAUGAAAAAAUAUACAUUUGUAAGCAUGAGAUUUUGAGUUAAAACACCUGAGCUUGGAGUCCUUCAGGUAUCUUUAUAUUUCAUGAAAUGGAAAUAAUAUCAUAAUUGUAAAAGUCUUAUAACAAAUUAGAUUAUUUGUUCAUCUGGAAGCUCCACAUUUGGAACCCUCCUGGAGUUUCCCCUAUGUACUUCUUCCCUUGUCUGAUUUUCAUCCGUACCCUUUGCUGUAAUAAAAUAUAACCAUGAGUAUAACAACUUUCUUGUGUUCUGUGAGUCUUUAUAUUGUUAACUAUGUUUACUUAUCUGUAUAACUUUGUAACAAAAUAAAAAUAUCUAAAUUCUGUAGUUUUAUAAGAAAUCAGAAUAUCUGGUUGUGUGAGUGCUCAAAUUUUUUAUUCUUUUGUGUAUGAUUGGCCAUUUACAUUUCAAUACAAUUUUUCAUACCAGCUUAAUGGUUUCCACAAUGAAAACUCUACUGGGGAUUGAACUUCUUGAAUGGUGGAGUGAAGACUUCUAUCAAUAUCCUUUAUAAAGAGAAGAAAACACUUUAUAAAGGGAAGAAAAUGUUCAGAUCCACUUUUUCAAGACUCCGGGAAUUAAACAAAGGCUUGAGACAAUACAGGGAGUAUUUCUUCAAGAGAAAAUGCUGAACCUCAGUUAGAAAGAUAGUGUCUGUGGCAUUUUAACUUGGCCUGCACCAAACAUCCUCUCCCCAGCUCCAUGGUAGCCAUGAAAACUAGGAGCUAUGCCACUACUGAAGAGGAAGACCAAGUC